AUGAGCUCCCAGAUCCGUCAGAAUUAUCCCACCUACAUGGAGGCUGCGGUCAACCGAGUGGCCCCCCUGCACCCCCUGUCUCUGCGGGCGCCCACACCUACCUCUCACUGGGCUUCUAUGUCUAUUGAGGAUGUGGCUCUCCAGGGCGGGGGCCACUUCUUCCCUGAGUUGGCGGAGAAGCUCCAGGGCUCUGAGCGUCUCUUAAAGUUGCAAACCCAGCGCGGUGGCUGCACUCCCCCCCAGGACGUGCUGAGGCCUCCCCAGGUGAGUGGGCAGAACUCGGGGCGCCAGGGAGGCCGCCCCGGCCUUGGGGAGGAACCUGACCAGGCCCUGGUGGACCUGCAGGCCCUGGUUCUGCCCCCGGGACGCUCAGCGCUGAUUCCCGCAGAGCCGCUUCCGGGUGAGGAGGGGAAGCGCAUCAAGAAGAUGGGCCACACCUGGCUCCCUCCGCAGGCUGCGGCCCCAGGCCGGGCGGGCGAGCGGCUCUAG